GCAUGUACUGAACUUAGCCAUCAUUCAUUCCCUCACACCAGUCAAAUAUGGUAGUCAAACCAAAAUUGAACUCUUGCACCUAACCAUGCCCAUGAAAAUUCUCUUUUCCUUCCUCUCAAGAAUACUGCAGUUUUAGAGUGUUGAGGAUCUUCAACCUCAACUCAACUAAAAAAAUGGCUUCUUUCAUCCUCAAGCAAAGGUCUUUUUCACAUGCUGGUGUUGCUGCAUGCUACCACCCCAUCAUGCGGAGGUUCUUCUCCACAACAGCAACCGUAGCUGAUUCUCCUUCUCUUGCUCAGAGAAUCAGAGAAUUGCCGAAGGACCUCCCUGGAACCAACAUCAAGAAGCAUGUGUCUCAGCUGAUUGGGAGGACUCCACUGGUUUAUCUUAACAAAGUCACUGAAGGAUGUGGAGGAUAUGUUGCUGUCAAGCAAGAGAUGAUGCAACCUACUGCCAGCAUCAAAGACAGACCAGCAUUUGCAAUGAUCACAGAUGCUGAGAAAAAGAAUCUGAUAAGUCCUGGAAAGACAACUUUGAUUGAACCUACAUCAGGAAACAUGGGUAUCAGCAUGGCUUUUAUGGCUGCCCUGAAGGGAUACAAGAUGGUUCUGACCAUGCCCUCUUACACAAGCUUAGAAAGAAGGGUAACCAUGAGAGCAUUUGGAGCUGAAUUGAUCCUCACUGAUCCAACCAAAGGAAUGGGAGGAACAGUUAAGAAGGCUUAUGAACUUCUGGAAAACACACCAAAUGCUUUCAUGCUGCAACAAUUUUCAAACCCUGCCAAUACCCAGGUGCAUUUUGAAACAACAGGCCCUGAAAUAUGGGAGGAUACAAAUGGACAAGUUGACAUAUUUGUUAUGGGAAUAGGUAGUGGAGGCACUGUCUCUGGGGUUGGACAGUAUCUUAAGUCCAAAAAUCCUAAUGUUAAGAUAUAUGGAGUGGAGCCAAGUGAAAGCAAUGUUCUGAAUGGUGGUAAACCUGGUCCUCAUCAUAUAACUGGUAAUGGGGUUGGAUUCAAACCAGACAUAUUGGACAUGGAUGUAAUGGAAAAAGUUCUUGAAGUUAGCAGUGAAGAUGCAGUUAACAUGGCUAGGGUGUUGGCCUUAAAGGAAGGACUCAUGGUAGGGAUAUCAUCUGGGGCUAACACAGUUGCAGCACUCAGAUUGGCUCAGCUGCCUGAAAACAAAGGCAAACUUAUUGUGACUGUUCAUCCCAGCUUUGGCGAACGAUACCUGUCAUCUGUUCUGUUCCAAGAACUUCGUCAAGAAGCUGAAAACAUGCAGCCAGUAGCAGUUGAUUAAUGCCAUGCAUAACCACUGAUCCAAAGCUUUGAUGAGGAGUCACAUUGCAUGGAUCAACCUAGUUGUUGUUUUGUUACAAUCCUGUUGUAGCAAAAAUUGUUAACUUUCUGCCACUGCAGAAUUUGUCAGCCAAACCUGUGCUGAUUGGGAAAAGGUUUUGAUGCAGCUUAAAAUAAUGUUAUCUUAAUGUUUUGUAUUUUUUUACUUUCAUUUUUAGUUGGAAAAAAAAGUAUAAAGUAAUCGAAGUGUGACUGAAUAAUUCAAGGAAUCAAAUCCUGUUAUUGGUAAA